GCUGCACACGUGUGACAACAACACGUCGAGAGUCAUGGGGAAGCGGCGGCAGAAUAAACAGCUCUUCACAAAUUUGUCCAAAAAACAGAAGAAACACUUGAAGGAGUUUGGAGAGGAGCAUCCAUUUCACGACGUUGUGAAUGAAAGACCUGAAAGGACCCAGAUUGUGGACCUGCCGUCAAGCCCAGAACAAUCUGACUCAGAACCUGUAAACAGGGAAGAGGAAGAAGAUGAAGAACCGGAGCAACAAACUGCCUAUCAGAAGCUUCUUUCAACGCUUAGUGAACCCACAGCUGAUGCCCAAAGCCACGAGGAUGAAAGCAGUGAUGACGAGGAGGAAGAGCUCCUCUUUGAAGAGGGUAAUGUUGAAGCUGAGGAUGCAGCGGAAGAGGAACAUGAAGAAGAGGAGCGUGGUGAUGAAGAGGAGGAGGGGGUUGAUGAACAGAAAGAGGUGGCAGGAGAUAAAGAGUUUGUGGACAAGGAGCAUGAGUCUGCGUUCUGUCUGGAGACCAACUUCAUAGAAAAAGGAGAACAGGAUGAAAACAUUCCACAACACAAGAACAGUACAGACAUGUUUUUGGUCCAUCUGGAUACCGAACUCACUGAAGAGGAUGUGCUUAACAUUACAUCUGGCUCCAAAUCCAAAACUCAGAUCCCGUGGGCAAAGCUGGGAAACCUUCUCUGCACCAAUCCUAUUGAAAGGUUCGGCCCCAUCGGCCCCCAAAAAGACACAAACCAAACUGUUUUCCAUAAAGUUUUGGAGAGCAGCUGGAGGAAUCUGAACCAGUCAUUUAAUCCUAAAGGACAGGUCGAAGAGAUCAGCCCCCUCCAGAUGGAGCUGCUGUCUCUCAUGGGGUCCUACAAGGACCUGUAUCACCCAGAGGCGUGCCAUUUGAAGCAGGGCCCAUAUGUUCGCAGUGCAUAUUGCCUGCAUGUGCUCAACCACGUCCUGAAGGCCAACUCUAGAGUCCUGGCUCACAACACCCAGCUGAGAGAGCAGAAGAGUCAGUCUAAAGCUGGAGCUGAACCACAGGAAGAACCCAGAGACCAGGGACUGACCAGGCCAAAGGUUCUGAUCCUAGUUCCAUUCCGGGGGGCCGCUCUGCAAGUUGUCCACACUCUCAUCAGCCUGCUGGAGACCAAAGGCAAGAAGAUAAUCGUCAGCAACAAGAAGAAGUUCAAGGAGGAGUUUGGAGAAACGGAGGAAGAAAAACCAGCCAACCUGCGCCGGCCUGAUGAUUACCACGCCGUCUUCUCUGGCAACCUGGACGAUCACUUCAGGAUAGGUGUGUCCAUAGUGAGGGGCAACAUGCGUCUCUACGCCCCCUUCUACUCAUCAGACAUCAUCAUUGCGUCUCCGCUCGGCCUCCGAACGGUGCUGGGAGCAGAAGGAGAGAGUAAGAGAGACUACGACUUCCUGUCAUCCAUUGAGCUGCUGGUGCUGGAUCAGACUGACGUCUUCCUCAUGCAGAACUGGGAGCAUGUCUUGCAUGUGAUGAAGCACAUGAACCUGCAGCCGCUGGACUCCCACGGAGUCGACUUUUCCAGAGUGCGGAUGUGGAACCUGAACAACUGGGCCAGCCACUACAGACAGACGCUGGUGUUCAGCUCCAUCCAGGACCCGCAGAUCAACAACAUCCUCACUAAACACUGUGCCAACUACAGAGGACAGAUUACAACAAAAAACAUGCCAAAGACAGGCUCCAUCUGCCAGGUGCUGGUUCAGCUGCCUCAUGUGUUCCAGAUGUUUUCAUCCGACAGCUUCAUGAAUCAAGAUGCUCGGUUUCAGUUCUUCAUUGAUAAAGUACUUCCUCAGUACAGGGACUCUGUCAUGUCCCACACUCUCAUCUACAUCCCGUCCUACUUUGACUACAUCCGACUGCGAAAUCACAUGAAGAAAGAGGAGAUUAACUUCACGUCCGUGUGCGAGUAUUCCAGCAAGUCAGAGGUCUCUCGAGCCAGGCAUUUCUUUCUGAAAGGAGAAAAACAGUUCCUGCUCUUCACCGAGCGCUUCCACUUCUACAAAAGGUACACUAUCAAAGGGAUGAAGAACCUGAUAUUUUACGGCCUGCCCACCUUCCCCCACUUCUACAGUGAGGUGUGCAACAUGCUGGCAGCAGGAGGUCAGGGGGAGGAGGCCAGCUGGACCUGCACUGCCCUCUAUUCCCGCUACGAUGCCCACAAGCUGGCUGCCAUCACCGGAGCCCAGCGAGCCGGACAGAUGCUGCACUCCAACAAAAACGUUCACCUUUUUAUCACAGGAGCAGAGGACAAAGCCUGAACUGAUAACAUCCCAGCAAACGUGCUUGUUACUAGUUUUAUCAAUAAAUUGUGACUCUUUCUUUUCCUAUCGCAAAUAUUAAUUGGUUUAUUGGAUUUGUUGAUGCAUUUCUAAAGGGACCAUAAAAAAUCUAAUCUUACAUAAACAUUACCAUAAUGGUUGUUCAGAAGUGCUGAUUACCAGGGAAAUAUUUCCUCAUCUGUUUGUUGGUUUGAGUGCUUUGAUUUAGCGACAUCAGAGCUGAUUAAAUCAUUUUUGUGACUCAGGUGUAUUGAAAGUGUCAAAUAUGGAAGCCUGUUUGUACCAAUAGUCAAAAAAAUAUAUCACUCCCAAUAAACGUUACAAAUGAA